CGCAUGGUGUCGGGGUCGCACACGUGGCCAUGAUCUUGGUGGGCAGCGGGUAACGGCGGUGGCGGCGGCGGGAGGACUGCAGGGCCCGCGUUAUCAAAUGAGAGAAGCUGGAUUUGUGGGACAAAAUGGGAAAAGAAGAGAAGAAUUAUGUCCACAAGGAAAGUGAAGAUGAGAUGGAGAUCUACGGUUAUAAACGAUGUGUGUGGAAGUUGCUUCUGAUUGUUGUUGGGGUCGUCUGCUCUGGUGGUUCCCUUCUGCUCCUACUUUACUGGAUGCCUGAGUGGAGUGUGAAAGCAACCUGCACCAAAACAGCCCUCAAAGAGGCUCAAAUUGUGCUACUGAGAACCACUGAUGAAUUUAGGACUUGGUUCCGUGCAAAGGUUUACACGUUAUUGACCACCGGAAUGGACUCCAUGGAAAAUUCCGAAUCCCAAAUCAGUAAGUCAGUGAAAAACGAUGAAGUGUUGUGCCCAGGUCAGCAUCAUGUUGAACACAGCAAGAAGAGGCUUCUCAGGAAAAUAUCAGAAAAUCAAGCACUGAUGGUUCGUUAUUUUGAACACCAUAGUGUAACGUACUUUUGGAACAAUGACUUACAAAACUUUAAAGAUUUAAAGGGUCUGACUGAGGGCAUUUCAUGGUCAGCUAUACACACGCAUUACAGUAACGGGCUGAGUAAAGAUCUGGAGGAGUAUCGCAAGCUGUUUUUUGGAGCAAAUGAAGUUGAAGUCGAAGUUCCUUCUGUAUUUAAGCUAUUAAUUAAUGAGGUGCUCAAUCCUUUCUACAUAUUUCAAAUAUUUAGUAUAACUGUUUGGAGUUUUAAUGGCUAUUAUUAUUACGGUGUGGCAAUUAUCAUAAUGUCAAUUAUAUCGAUUGUGACCACGCUACAUACUGUUAGAAAGCAAUACGUGAUGUUACAUGACAUGGUAGCGGCCCACAGUACUGUCAGAGUUUCAGUUUGCAGAGCAGACAAUGAAAUAGAAGAAGCUUUGUCUACAGAUCUGGUGCCUGGUGAUAUAUUAGUCAUUCCAUCGAAUGGGACUAUAAUGCCCUGUGAUUCCGUACUGCUGAGCGGCACUUGCAUUGUUAACGAAAGCAUGUUAACAGGUGAAAGUGUUCCUCAAACAAAAAUCAGUUUGCCAAAUCCUAUGAAGACUUCAAAAGGUCUAGAAGAUGAUGAAAUCUACUGCCCGGAAAACCACAAACGGCACACGCUCUUCUGUGGCACCACAGUCAUCCAGACACGGUUUUAUUCUGGAGAACGUGUUAAAGCUCUUGUAGUGAGAACAGGUUUCAGCACCACAAAGGGGAGACUGGUGCGUUCAAUCCUGUAUCCAAAGCCCACAGAUUUUAAACUGUACAGAGAUGCCUACCUCUUUCUGCUCUGCCUCGUGGGUGUGGCAGCAAUAGGCUUCCUCUACACUAUUAUCCACAGUAUUUUAAAUAAGGUGAUAAUUGCCACAAUCAUUAUUAAAUCACUUGAUAUCAUCACCAUCACAGUUCCCCCUGCCCUUCCUGCGGCCAUGACUGCUGGCAUUGUCUUUGCACAAAGACGAUUGAAGAAACUGGGCAUUUCCUGCAUCAGCCCUCAAAGAAUAAAUAUCUGCGGGCAACUUAAUCUCAUUUGUUUUGACAAGACUGGAACGCUUACCGAAGAAGGUCUGAACAUUUGGGGAAUUCAAAGAGUGGAAGAUAAUAGUUUCUUGCCAUCGGAGCAUAACAUUUGUAGGGAGAGCCUGGUGAAGUCGCAGUUUGUGGCUUGCAUGGCCGUCUGCCACACACUUACCAGAAUCGAGGGCAAGUUAUCUGGUGACCCAUUGGAUUUAAAGAUAUUUGAAGAAACUGGUUGGGUUCUUGAGGAAGCUACUGAAGAAGAGACUGCUUUACACAAUCAGAUCAUGCCCACCGUGGUUCGACCCUCGAAACAACCUCUCCCUGCAGUUGAGGCAGGCAUGGAUUGUGAAAUGGAAAUGUUUGAUCUCCCAACAACGUAUGAAAUAGGUAUAGUAAGGCAGUUUCCAUUCUCCUCCUCUCUGCAACGAAUGAGUGUUGUAGCCAGGGUACUGGGUGGAAAACAAAUGGACGCCUACUUAAAAGGUGCUCCCGAAGUCAUUGCCAACUUAUGCAAAGCAGAGACAGUUCCUGAAUGUUUUGCUGAGGUGCUGAAGAUAUAUACAAAACAAGGAUUUAGAGUCAUAGCACUUGCCCACAAGAAAUUAGGAUCAAGGCUAACGUGGCAUAAAGUACAGAAUGUCAGCAGGGACGCCAUUGAAAGCAACAUGGAGUUCAUGGGACUCAUUAUUAUGCAAAAUAAACUCAAGCCUGAUACACCGAGAGUGCUUAAAGAACUCGGAAGAGCUAACAUUCGUACCGUUAUGGUGACAGGGGACAACAUGUUAACAGCUGUCUCUGUGGCCAGGAACUGCGGGAUGAUUUUACCACAGGAUGAAGUGAUCAUCGCAGAGGCUCUACCUCCUAAAGACGGGCAAGUUGCACAGAUCCAUUGGCUGUACACGGACGAUGCUUCCAAACAUCUUGAGUCGGCUACAGAGAUCAUUGAUAUUAAAAUGGAAAAUAAGGGUUCAGGCGAUGGGCCUCAUCAGAAGAACCAUUACCAUUUUGCUAUGGACGGCAAAUCUUUCUCUGUUGUCACUGAGCAUUUUCAGGAUCUACUUUCAAAGUUAUUACUACAUGGCACAGUAUUUGCUCGCAUGGCUCCCAAUCAAAAGACACAGCUGGUGGAAGCGUUCCAGAACAUGGACUACUAUGUGGGCAUGUGUGGAGAUGGUGCCAAUGACUGUGGGGCCCUCAAACAAGCCCACGGUGGAAUCUCACUGUCAGAACUGGAAGCUUCUGCAGCAUCUCCAUUCACAUCGAAGUUUGCAAACAUUGCCUGCGUCCCUAAUCUCAUCAGCAGGGAAGGACGUGCAGCUUUGAUGACAUCUUUCUGUGUGUUUAAGUUCAUGGCCUUGUACAGUAUCAUUCAAUAUCUCAGCGUAACCUUACUCUAUUCUGAGCUGAGUAACCUUGGGGAUUUGCAGUUCCUUUUCAUCGACCUGGCUAUCAUUCUGGUCAUUGUGUUUACCAUGAGUUUGAAUGCGGCCUGGAAAGAGCUGGUUCCACAAAAGCUUCCGUCUGGCCUUAUCUCUGCUUCACUGUUAUUUUCAGUAAUGUCCCAAAUUGUUAUCAGCGCGGUGUUCCAGGUAACAUCGUUCCUUGCAGUCAAACAACAAACCUGGUAUGAGGUCUGGACACCAAAUUCAGAUACCUGCAGUUCAUCAAAGCUGAAUAUCACGCUAACGUACAAUAGCACAGAUAUUGAAGAUGCAAGGAAUAUUAAGAACUAUGAAAAUACCACUGUGUUUUUCAUUUCCUGUUUUCAGUACCUCAUAGUGGCCAUUGUGUUUUCCAAAGGAAAACCAUUCCGGCAGCCUUCUUAUGAAAACUAUCCUUUUGUGGUGACGGUGAUGGUUCUUUAUAUCAUUAUGCUGUUCAUAAUGCUGUAUCCCGUUGAAGUCAUUGAUUGGGUUCUUGAGCUGGUGUGUGUCCCGUACGAGUGGAGAAUUCUAAUGCUCAUAAUAAUCAUAAUAAAUGCCGUUGUGUCAUUUGUCACUGAGGUUGUCCUGCUGGAUCUGGCCCCGUGGAAGUUCCUGUUCAAGAGGAAGGAUCUGGGAUUGAACCAGCACACGGCCAAUAACCAGCAGGAGGUGCUGGAGCAAGGGAACAAGAGCUGCUUCUCAUCUGUCCUCGGUGGUGGGAGCCGAAAGCCAAAGGCCAGAUAUCGGUACCUGGCACGGGAGCUGCUAAUCGACCCCAACUGGCCUCCCAAACCCAAGACCACCACAGAAGCAAAUAAACCCUCCACUGAAAAUAGCGCAUGUCAAAUCCUUACAAUAACGUAACACUAAGUACUUCCAACCAACUGCGCUUCAUACCGGCAACACUAGCUAUUUGGGAUUAAUUGGGGGGAGGGGGGUGUAGGGAGAAUAGGAUUGUGCAGAUAACACUGGUGUAUAUAUCAGAAAUCAUCAUCUAUGUUCAAGUCUACGGUCCGACGGUCAAUGCGUUUCCAUCUCGGCACGAGUGGUUCGUACAACGUGGGCCCAGAGAUGACCACCCUCUCCACACACAGCAUCGUGGCUGGAGGGGGAAUGGGGACAGGGACUGUGUCAGUGGGGUCAGGAACACUGUCAGUGGGGAGGGCACGGUUCAGACAAGUGCCCGGCGUGGUAGUGUACAGGCAGGGCAGAUGUCAGUGUGUGGAGAGGGUAUGGGCAGAUAUUGUAGCUGUCGUCUAUAAUAUUUUUCUAGAGGUCAUGAAUGUUUAAGACUCUGCUUUCAUUGUUACCGUUUAUGGAGGGUUGAUUGAUUCCUAGUAAGAUGUGGGGGGGGGGGGCUAGCAAUGCUGAUACAAACUGCUUUCCCACUUGGUAUUUCACCAACUGCCUUCCUGCGGCCACUUCCUGCAUCCUCUUGAGACUCAGUAAAUUUGCUGACACGAUAGUUAAACUAUAGCACUGUGUAAUAUCUAGGGGGGGGGGGGGUAAAUUAAUCAUGGAUGGCAUAAGCUGUAGUUUGGAAUAACAUCCAUAACAAGAUUUCUCCAUUAAUGUGGAGACAAAAAAGGUUAACAAAAAAAAAGACAAAGUACUGGAGUAACGCAGCUGGUGAAGCACCAUCUCUGGAUAAGUGACAUCUCAGGUCAGGACCCUGCCCCAGUCUGAAAAAGGGUCUUGACCCAAAACGUCAGCUAUCCAUGAUCUCCAGAGAUACUGCCUGAGUUACUCCAGCAAUUUGUGUCUUUUUUCCCCCCAUUCAGUAGUGUUCAGGCUGCAAAAUGAUAUCAGAUUGGAAUACUUUAAGAGUAACAAAGAGUGCUGAAAGUCAGAGAAGCAGAGAAAGUUCCAGGGCAGCAGACAGUCGACUAAACUCUGAAUACCAGUUCAAUUUCUACAAAUAGAAAGCCGAGACUAGUUUUCAGUCACUGGGAAUAAUACUACAUUAUUUUGUGCUGUCCUUUUUUGGAAUAUAGUGCUUCCCAUGCAAGAGUUGACACACAAGCAGGAGUUUCACAGUGAUUAUCUUUACCAAAGCCUGUUCGAUCCACCAGCGUUGUACUGUCAUCUAGCAGGUGCACAGGGUGAAUGGUGCUAGCAAUUAUGCAACUCUCACAGUGUGCAAUCCAUACUUUGUCGUCUAUCAACCUUCAUUGGUGGAAGAUUAAGGUGGGCAUGAUCAGUUUUCCAAUGUUAUUCCUGUGAGCGAGUCUUGUGAUGAAAUGGACAGAUUGGGUAAUUAGUGCCGCAAAGUAAAGUUGCCCCCCCUGCAGCCAGCAUUGAACAGGGCAGGGACAGCAUGAGUGGACAUACUUAUGGUACACCAGCAAAUUGCAGAAAGUAUUUGUGACUGUUAACAGAUGCAAAAAUAUUUGUUGUUUAGGCAUUUAUCUAAAAAUCGGGAGGAAACAUAGAAAAUAGGUGCAGGUGGAGGCCAUUCGGCCCUUCGAGCCAGCACCACCAUUCAAUAUGAUCAUGGCUGAUCAUCCAUAAUCAGUUCCUGCUUUCUCCCCAUAUCCCAUAGGAAAGAGAGAAGUGCUAAUUUUAAAGUGGUUUAAUAGGUUGAAUGUGUAUUGAUUUACUUGGUGAGUUCAGACCAAACAGCAAGUUUUUGUGGUAGCAGUGAGGAUGUGAACUUGCUCCAAUGUCUAUCGGGAGCCACCACACAUUCUGUUCCCUCCCACUCAUUCUGCAACAACUGACCCACUCCCAGCAGUGAGAGGCAACAGUGAGUUUACAUAUUGUGUUGUGCUGCUGCAAGUAAGAAUUACAUUGUUCUAUCUGGGACACAUGACAAUAAAACUCUUGAUCCAUCUUUGUAACAUCACACCUUUUCCUCAACUCAUCUUCUACUGAAGUUAUUAUCUAAACCAUGAAUACCUUCAUAUUUAGCUAUUCUGAUGUCUUUGGCCAAACUGCCACCUUUGAACCAAAUCCAAACAUCUGCUGUCUGAGUGCUGAAUGACUGAUAUUGAGCUUUGUGCCAGUAAGUUGUGUGUUAUACUGUCCAUCUAUCACUUUGCCCUCCUAUGUUGAAUCUUUUCUUGCCCCAAUGAAGACUGUGCCUUCAACUGCCUACAUACCAUUUUGUGCAUCACUCCUGUGAAACGUCCUACACGCUGACUUUGUGACCGGGCCUUCAUUGAUCCGACUUGCUCCCUCUCGUGGCUUCCUGUUGAAUUGUCUUUGAUGUUUCCCUGAGGCUCCAGUAAAUUGGUGAGAGGUUUGCUGUUUAUGUCGGUAGAGAUUGCUAGUCUCAUGUGAAUCUGUUUAAACGAUAUUUUGAUGCUAGCUCUUAAUUAAGGGGUCUAAGUGUUCAGAAGUUAAGUAGUUGGAAUAACUCACAAUUCUUGUGCUAAAAUGUUAUCACUAAUUAAAAGAAUGGCAUUGAGUGGUUUCAGCUGGUCAAAGUGUUCUGAUAUUACUCAUCACCUGGUGAUGGAAGAGAGAGUAAGUGCACCCCCAGAUGACAACAGGGUAUUUUUUAAUCUUUUCCACCCCACAUCAAUAAAUGUGUUUAAUGGUUUAAGCAUCAAGACUUGAUCCCAACAAAUGGAAUAACUUCAGUACUGUUGUGAAAGAUGAUCGUAUAUUUUGGGCUUGAAUCUUAAAUGCAACUGGAUAUCCUUACAUUACAGAAGCAUUUCUGAAAUGUUAUUUAAAAUUCAGACCAAUUCCCCCUUGUUAUGUUUUUGACCUUUUGUAUUAAAUGUCAGUGUCUGCACUUGAACACCAUCAACGUAGUUUUUCAGUUUUAAGUGAUGUAUUUUUCUUUUACAAACCAGUUCAAUGCCAGCUGCUCUGUUCAAAAAAUUGCUCUUUCACUUUAUACUAGAAUUUUGGGAAAUUGUAUUUUUUGAUAAAUAAGAAGUAUAUUGAAUAAGAACUGUGUCUCCUGGGCAAUUAAUUCUUGGGCUUACUCUGUUUAUUUGGAGGAUAAUGGGAGCAAAGAAAUUCAAUAAUAUACAAAUUUACAGCAGAAACAAUGUUAUAAAUAAUGAAAAUGAUCAAUUGCCACAAUGUUGAGAAUAGAUAAUUCAGCUAACCUUGUCCCUCAGGGAUUUUUUAAUUUUAGAUGUUUGUUUUUUUUUUUAAAUUUGUAAUAAUUUGGAUGCCAUCCAGGCUCAAAACUAUAAAUUGCAAAUAAUGCCCAAAUCACUUUGUCAAAUAAAACCAAUUCUACCCUUCCAACAUGUUUCACAUUUUGAGCAUUGUGAUCUUUUACAAUUUUUGUACAUACACUUGAAAUUUUCUAUCUAAUUUAUACUACUUAUUUUGAUUUACUUGAAAAGUUGAUGUAUAAAAUAUUCGAUGUAGCUAUGUCUUUAUGUAGAUAUUUUAUAGUAAUUUAAUUAACGAGCAUUAAUUAACAAAAGAAUGCUGUUAAUGCUGUUAAGAAUGAAGAAUUCCAUUGUUAUCAUAUUAGGCCUAUAAAUUCUGCUAUUUAUCAUUUAUUGUAAGAAUAAAUUUUUUUUAACAAAUCUAAAAUGUAUUUGUUGGUCAGCCUGUGAAUUGUGCGGAGUGGGAGAACUCACAUUGUCAGCAGAACAUUUGGUGAAAAAUUAUACUUCAUUGAAAAUCAACCUUUUAUGACAACAUUUCCAAAUUAUAAAUCUUUUACCAGCAUUGAA